AUGUCGUUAGCCAACAGCAAAGCCUAUGGCAUGGAUCCCACCAUGCACAUGUGCAAUGAGUCCUGCCAGCAAUCACAUUGCCACGUGGGGGACAAUGGGAUCGGUUGGAUAGAGGACGAGAAAAAGCAGAAGUUAUGGAUUAUCGCCGUUUUGUGGAGAACAAAAAAGGAUCACGAAGAAAAGGUCCUUGAGCUGGUUCGGGGCAUCCCUAAUGUAGUUACUCUCGUUGCGGCUUGGGAUGUUGAGUACAAUGGAGAGCCUGACUCCACGCUGCGCAUCCGUCAUUGCCACGGGAAAUUCAGUCCUGGAUUCCGCUGUAAAUAUCACCGGCACAUGCUUUUGACCCCUUGUGGAGAACCAUUGUCGACAUACUCGACUAAACGAGAGCUAAUAAGCGCUUUUCGCGACUUCGUAGUCGCGCACAAGGAAAUGGUCAGAAAGAAUGUCCUACAUGGAGACCUUAGCCCGAACAACUUUAUCAUUUAUGAAGGACAAGGGUACUUCAUUGAUUUUGACCACGUGCAGAUCAUCACGCAAGGCAACACCAGUGUUCGUUCACGCGGUACAGGCACCAUACCAUACAUGUCUAUCCGCCUUCUCUAUGCAAUAGCUGCGAUUGAAAGAACCCAGAGUUGGGGAAAUGCGAUGGUCGAGCACACUCCCAGUGAUGACCUCGAGAGUCUCUUCUACAUUUUCGUUGAUUUUGUUACCACGUUUGAUGGGCCGAAGGGCAGCCCAAAGAAAGCGGAACGGUGGAGUGAAGUCAUUGAGAGCAUGGGCACUGCGGCUGCUCCAUAUAAAUCAGGGCUGGUGCUCGUGCCGCGGUGCGACAGGGAAUUGAUGGACCGCACGACGACUUACUUUGGCAGGGUCAGAGAGCUCGUUCAAGCAUGGCGUUACAAAUUUCUUGAUGCAGAUGCAGAUCAAACGCGUACUGGCAUUACUCACGAGGAGAUCGAGGGGAUCCUCAACACAUGGGUAUCUCACGAGGCCAUUGAUGAGCCCCUACCUCCAGAGGAAAUGGUUCUCGAGCCCCAUUGA